AUGUCAGAUCAAAAUAGCAAAACAUUGCAAAAGAUCAAAAAGUUUUCUCGAUUCAUUACGACCAAAGUAAAAGAAAAGACGCUACACAAAUCACAAAAUGACGCCGAGGGAGAUGAGGAAGAUGAAGAUGCAUUAUUCCAAGAUGCAAUGAUUGUCCGAAGACAUAGUAGUUAUAUCUACCAGCCCACGAAAAAAGAGGAUAUAGCAGCUAUUACUCUUAAAGAAGACUUAUACCAGCAUUACCACACACUGCCGCCUGCCAUGCCACCUACGACAUCUGCAUUAUCCCCUCCACCAAGACAAAUGAGAUCGAAAACUGUCCGUGCUGAUAAUGACAACUGUAAUGACAAGGCCACGAAUGUGAUAUCUAAGCCAUGCCUAAGUCGAAGCAAUACAUUGGGUCAUCACACUCCUAUCAGAAACACUCCUAUUCAUCAUUCUUCCUUUAGCACUACUGCAAUGUCUUCCUCUUCCUCUUCCUUUAUUAUGACCUCUCCUCCCUCGUCUACUUCCUUAUCUUCAUUAAGUGGACGUUGCAAUGUUAACCACACGUUGAUUAAUUAA